CGUGCCGGGCCCGUCAUGGCGUCGGCGCCCAAGAGGCCCAAGGCGGCGGCCGGGAGCGGCUCCCGAGGGAAGGGCAGCGCCGACCCCCUCCCCGCGUUCCUGGCGUGGUGCGGGCGGGCCGGGGUGGAGCUGAGCCCCAAGGUGCGGCUGAGCAGGGAGGGCGCGGUGUCGGGGUACGGCCUGCUGGCCGCGGAGCAGCUGGAGGCGGGAGAGGUCCUGUUCACCAUCCCUCGCUCGGCGCUGCUGUCCCAGCACACCACCUCCAUCCACACCCUCCUGCAGGAAGCCCAGGAGUCCCUGCAGAGCCAGUCCGGGUGGGUCCCUCUCCUGCUGGCCCUGCUGCACGAGUACACGGCCAGCAGCUCCCCCUGGCAGCCCUACCUGUCCCUCUGGCAGGGUUUCCGCAGCCUGGAUCACCCCAUGUUCUGGCCUGAAGAAGAGCGAACGAGGCUCCUGCAGGGCACGGGCAUUCCCGAGGCUGUGGACAAGGAUCUGGCCAACAUCCAGCUGGAGUACAGCUCCAUCAUCCUCCCGUUCAUGCAGUCCCACCCCGAUGUCUUCGACCCCAAGCUGCACACUCUGGAACUGUAUAAGGAGCUGGUGGCGUUUGUCAUGGCCUACAGCUUUCAGGAACCUCUGGAGGAGGAAGAUGAAGAUGAGAAGGGGCCCAAUCCUCCCAUGAUGGUGCCUGUAGCAGAUAUUCUCAAUCACGUGGCCAACCACAAUGCCAACCUGGAGUACUCUCCUCACUGCCUGCGAAUGGUGACCACCCAGCCCGUGGGGAAGGGCCAGGAGAUCUUCAACACCUACGGCCAGAUGGCCAACUGGCAGCUGCUGCACAUGUACGGCUUCGCCCAGCCCUACCCCGGCAACAGCCACGACACCGCCGACAUCCAGAUGGUGACGGUGCGCGCGGCGGCGCUGCAGCGUGCCAGCAGCCCAGCGCAGCAGCAGCUGGUGGCAGAGCAGUGGGACUUCUUGUGCCAGCUGGAGAUGGUGGGCGAGGAAGGGGCCUUCGUGCUUGGCUGGGAUGAGGUGCUGACAGAGGAAGAGCUGUCUGUGACCCUGAAGGUGCUGUGCAUGUCAGAAGAGGAAUUCAAGGAGUACAAGGAACAAGAGGGCUGGGAAGAUGACAGCGAGGAAGAGGAAAGCUCUACCCUUUCAAACGAGGCUCUCUCCAGGCUUAAACCCCCUUGCAAGAAGCUCCUUUAUGACAGCGUGCUGCUGACCCUGCAGUCCUACAGGUCAGACCUGAGAGCAGAGCAGGACUUGCUCGAUAACCAGGAGGUUUAUGAGAAGCUGAGCCGAAGGGAGCAGCAGGCUCUGCACGUGCGCUACGGCCAGAAACGGAUCCUGCACCGGCUGCUGGAGCUGCUGCGAUAGGAACCUCCCUGCCCUGCACGUCACCUGCCCAGGAAUGAGCCAGGGGAAGGGCAGCCUCUGGGCACCCAUCCUGCAGCAGGGAGGAAGAUGGCAGGACUGACUGUGGGCCCACCUGUCCUGUAUAUGGCACGUGGCUUUUCAGCUACCUCUGCACCAAAGGGAUUUUGGGUGGCGUUACUGUACAGUGGCAGCUGUGGAGCACUGAUGUCACCUUCUGCCAGAGGCCUUGAGAGACCCCACACCUCCCAAAGGAUGUUUUAGGAAGGCAGACAUCCACUGUCAGAACAGCAGGUGUCAUUCAGCAGCAGAAAUUUAAGGCAAGAGCAGCUCUUGUUCAGAAAAAUCCAGCUGGCAGCUCUUACCUUGCAGAGCCUCAGAGUAAACACCUGCCAGGUGGAGCUGCUGACAGCACUUUCAACUCAGAAAUCCAACUGGGUUGGACCUUCCUGUUCACAAAUUCCAGGUGGGAGACUGGGUCUGUCUGAGACUGGAAUGAUGGGACACUACAGAACACUGGAAGGGACUGUAGCAGGUUCUCCUCCCAAUGUGUGGCUGUGAAACGUCAGGGGCUGGAGCUGUGGAACCACCACUUGUGAGGGAAGAAAACUACAGGACUAGAUCAGUGAGACACCAACCCCUCUGGAUCUUUGGGACUAAAAAAAUUACUAAGUCACUUAAUGAACCAUCCCUGGGAAGAAAGCCUGUCUUAGUAGAACCUGAAUGCCCUCAAGGGGUAGCAGCAUUUCCAACUGCAGUAAUUGUUUUACACAAACACAAUUGCACAGUCCAGGACUGCUGAGACAGUGUCAGAUGUCAAUCUUGGUAUAAUUUUACACUGAUUAAGCCCCUUACUGUGACAUGUUAUCCUGAAUUGCCUUAAUCCUGCUGAAUAGGAAACUCACAUAGAUAAUCCUUUUGUUCUUUCUUGUCCAAAUACUGUAACAAGAAGCCAACUGUACAGUGGUUUAACGAGGAUGGAAGAGAAUUUAAAUUGUUAAUUAAUGUUGCAAAUAGAUGGGAAUCCAACAAUAUGUACUCUCUGAUGCAUGAGGGGAGGAAGGUAAAUGCCACAGGAGAUGAGGGAGUAGCAAGGCCAUUGGACACAAGCAGAGGAAAAAGGAAAACUUUUAACACCUCCCAAAUCCCCUCAAGCCUGGGAAACCAACCCAUACGUAGUAGGGAAACAACAAACACUAUUUAAUAUUGACUGUAUUUAAAACUAAAGGCUCUGAUAUUCACCCUGUUACUGCUCUAGGCAUGCUCAGAAAUGGAACCACAGUGCACCCAACAGAGCAGAGGAGGGAACAGAUGACAAAUGUCAGCACCUGUAGAGCACAGGAACAAGGGUCUGUCUGUGAAGGAAAUAGAGCUGAACUCAAGAUACCUGCCUGGAUAUGGAGCAGAAUAUCUGUAAUUUUGAAAUUCAGCUGGAGAGGAAUAUAAACCCAGUAUUUGUGUACACAGCUGAAGGGUGUGGAUGCUUUAGUAUUCCUGGGGAAUGCACAGAAAUGGAUAAUCAGUUAAAUCACACUCUCAUUUUUGUGUUUGUAAACUUACCCAGAUCAGAGGCUGUGAUUUUUAACUGUUCAACCCCAGUAACUUCCUUCCAACUAUUAAAAACAAAACACAGCUUAAUUAACUGUACAACUUCCCUCUAUGGGUAUGAGCCUUAUGCUAGUAGAGAAAUUGCUCCAACAUCAAAAUUUGCAAAGGCUGUUAAAAGAACCUAAAUAGAGCAGUAGAAAGACUUUGAUUAUUGCCCAUCAUGACAAAGAAAUCCAUCAGGUAAUGGAAAGAGUGAAGAAAGAUGGAAAUCACCCCUGGUGGGAUGUUUUGUUCAGAUGGGCUCCAACAGCACCAGGAAUUUUUAAUAAAAUGGUACAUCCCAUAACUGUCUUUAUUACUAACCUGUCUGCUUUUCAUUUUAGUGCUAGGAUUGUACAUCAAAAUGUGAAGAUUCAUGAAACACCUACCUCCAAGAUUUAAGGAUAACUGGGAACAGCAGCAGCCAAAAGAAGGUGGAAGUGUUUAAUAAAGCAUUUCCAAAGAUUCCAAGGGAGGGAAUUGGUAUCUUCAAGCAGAAUUCUCUAUAUCUUUAAGUAGAAUUCUCUGUUGCAGAUGGAAGCUGAUGGUAUUAUUCUCACCUUUAACCCCUCUUUUGAAUACAAAGAGAUGUUAUCAGGUGUGUUAAAGGGUUGUUGCUUUAGUGUCUAAAUUCUCUCAUUUUUUACUCCUUGCUGUGCUUGAUCUGUGGAAAAA